CCCUCUGGGCCUGGGAGUCGGACGUCUGCAGGCGGCGGCGGAACCCUGGGUACCCAGGCCGCUGGCGGCCCCUCAGGGGUGACUGUGCUCAGACUGAGUGCCGUGGGCCAGGCUAGUGGUCUGGCCACCUCCGCUUUCGAGGCUUUGCGGCAGGAUAGUCCAGAGGAAAGACAAGGACAAAAAGAAAAUAAAAGUGAUUCAUGCCAGAGUGAACAAGAACCAGUCUUCACAUCUCUUCAGCUUUCCCUGAGACCAUGUCCUAAGUCUAAUGGUGUAAUUGGGAGACAAAACAUCAGGCCAUCCUUUUCUGAGCACGCAAAGAAGCAUGACAGCAUCCUGUCUCCUCGCCCAGGGGAGCAAUCGGGGGGUGAAGAGAGUCCCAGGUCCUUAUCGUCCUCUGAUCUGGAAUCAGGAAAUGAAAGUGAGUGGGCCAAAGAUUUCUCUCGCACCAGAGCCAGCCUUCCCAAGGUGUCCUCAAGGCCAAGAGACCCUCUUGAGAUCCUUACGAAGAUUUUCCCAAGUUACAGGCGCCGCCGACUGGAAGACAUUCUACAGUUCUGCAAGGGGGAUGUGGUCCAAGCCAUUGAACAGGUCCUAAAUGGGAAAGAACACACACCAGACACCCAGGACCUAGCAAACGCAGGAGAAUCGGAAAAUACAGCAUUUCAGAGAGCUUCACAUUUUAGUCUAGCUGGCAUUGGUUUUGGAACAUUAAGUUCUAAAUCAGCUUUCUCUCCUCUGCAAACCACUUCUGCCUCUUAUGGAGGUGAUUCAAGUGUCUACAGCUUGUAUCCUAGAAUAGGUAUCAGCCCUUUGCGGCUGGCAUAUUCUUCGGGAAGAGGGCUCUCUGGGUUUAUGCCAUCGUACCUGACGUCUGGGUUGGUACCAGCACUGCCUUUUCGGCCAGCUUUGGAUUAUGCCUUUUCAGGGGUGAUUAGAGAUUCUUCCUACCUUCCCAGUAAAGAUUCAGUAACUGCUGCUAGACUGUACUGCAGACCAAAUCGGGACAAUCUGUAACGGGUCUGCCUAUUCUGCCUUUCUAGAGUAUUUUAAAAACAUGUAGUAUGUACACACCCGUGUUAACGUAUGUGAGUGUGAAUAUGUAUGCGAGUGAAUUACCAGGACUUAAAAAUGCUAUUUUUUUUCUUUUUAUGCGCAACAUAAUAGUAUUUAGAGCUGAAGCGUCUUCUUUCACAUUUAUUAAAUGAAAGAAAUAUCUGAACAUUAUAUGUGCCUUGAAUAAAGCUCUUUAAGUAACCAAUUUUACUUUAAACUAAUGAAUUUUCUCCCUAAAAGAUUAUUUGUUAAUUUCCUAUUUUAAACUACACUUAUUUUUAUUUUAUUGAAAAGUAGGGCUUAUUGUUGUAAAAUGCAUUUGUAUGUAUAAAGCAAUUCAGUAUAAUAUAAAAUGAACCCAAAGGAGGAAUUUAAAAACUGAGGUAAUUCUAAAGAAUUGUUAUUUUUAGUCUUUUUUUCCUUUUUGUUCCUUGUUCAGAGGCAAGUUAUUCAAGUAUUUAACAAAUACUUCAUUUGUAGGUAAGUGAUUAGUAGUAAAGCUUUUGAAAAACUUGAAUUUCUCAUUUGUGCUCAAUGUCCUACUUUUAACUCUUUUCUGAAAACAAUUACCCAUAUUGAACACACUUAUCUUUAAAGUUAAAUUUCUGAAUUACUAAAGGUGUAUAAAAUAGAUACUAGAAAAAGGAACUGCGCCACCUUCUGGCCACUAUCACUGAUUGCAGGUCAGUUCUGCACAGGAUAGAAACUGGAAACAUUGUUUUCUAACAGCAUGAGCUAAGCAUUUUUGAAAUAAUCAUUGUGGAUCAUGCUACAUUAAAAUUUUCAUAUGGUAAAGUGCACAUCUACUGUGGAUCAGGAUUUUAAUUUUUAAGUGUGCUUAUACUUGUGCCGAGGGAAAUAUGCCCUUUCCAUAUGUUUGGGAAAAGAAGCCAUUCUCAAAGGUAAAUAUAAUUUUAUUCAGAAAACUGGAACUAGCUGCUCAAAUAACUUUUGAUUGACUCUAAAUAGAUUAUGCUUAAUUCACUGGGAAGAGAUAAAAGAUUUCCAAAGGGGAAAAUUGGUGUUUUAUUUUAGAGGUGUUCUUGAGAUUUCAAAAAUACUUUUUGUUCUCUACCUGGAGCAUUUGAAAGCUGUUUAUUUCUGUCAUUGGAAAGUUCCUAAGAAAACUGCUUACAAAACAAUUUUAUGAAGUUUUCUAUAUAUGUCAUUUUUUUAAAGGAUAGUAGCUUUAUUGUUAUUGCUAGGAAUAAAUGGAAACCUAGCUAUGAUAAAAGAUAAAUGAAUUAAAGAUAG